AUGUUCCGUACCUCAUCCCGCUCCCUUUGGGGCGCUGCCUCAAGAGCUUCUUCCAUUCGAGCUUCGCAACUCCUCCCCCGCGCAUCAAUUGCGCCUCUUUUGCGUCAGCAACGCGCCGUAUACUCUAGCAAAUCCGACGACGAGAAUCCUCCUCCUCCUAAGCAGCCCAUUGACAUUGAAGCUGAGCGCAAGCGCGGACAAGAGCUCCUCCAGUCCAACCCAAGUGUUGUUUCGUCUAAGAGCUCGGUCGCCAAUGCUGCGUCUACAGCUCAGGGCUCUAAGAGCGCUGAUCAGGACAUGACCAGCGAGCUUAAGCAUGAUAUUGACGUUGUCAAAGAUACCUUCACCUUUACAGAUGUUCCGCGCGAGUCGAGCGUUCUCGGUUUGGCUGGUACCCUGCCCUACCUAGGAACAUCGCUUUCGACCGUCUUCCUCGCCUGGGACUUGAACAAGCCCAUUCCUACGGGCAACUCCUUUUACGAUGCUAUCAUGAUCGAUCACGAAACAGCCAAGUACCUACUGAGCGUAAUUGAGCCUCUCCAGCUCGGAUACGGUGCUGUCAUCAUCUCGUUCCUUGGUGCUAUUCACUGGGGUCUUGAGUACGCUGAGAAGCAACCUCUUCGUGAACGAACCCGUUUCCGCUACGGCAUGGGCCUUGCAGCUUCCAUUGUCGCAUGGCCAACUCUUAUGCUCCCCGUAGAGUACGCACUCACAUCUCAAUUCAUGGCUUUCGUCGCUUUGUACUUUGCCGAUUCCCGCGCUGCUACAAAGGGUUGGGCUCCUCGAUGGUACGGCUCAUACCGCUUCCUUCUCACAGCCAUGGUCGGCUUCGCUAUAUUCAUCUCUCUCAUCGGCCGCGCCAAGAUCAAGCAAGGCGAUGCCAUUACCGCCAAGGGUCUGAGCGACAAUUUCGCCAGGUCUGGUAUUGCUGAUCACGAUACCAACUGGGAGAAGCUGGAGGCUGAGGAGAAGGCUCGCCGACGAAAGCAAAAGGAGGAGGAAGAAAAGAAGGCUAAAGAAGCAGAGAAGAAGAAGAAGGAAGAAGAGAAGAAGGGCAAGAAGAAGGAUGGUAAAGGUGAUGAUAAGGCCAAGAAGGAUGAUGAUAAGGCUAAGAAGGGUGACGACAAGAACAAGGCUUCUGAAGAGGGCGAUAAGAAGAAGGAGGAAAAGAGCGAGGACAAGGACGAUGAAUUAGAGAAGAAGGAUGAUGGCAAGGACUCUGAGUCUAAGGAUGAGGGUGAGUCUAAGGAUGAGAAGAAGGAGUCUGACUCGAAGGAUGAGUCCAAGGACGAGGACAAGAAGUCUGAGUCUGACGAAGACAGCAAUGAUGGUAAGGACAAGGAGUCGGAGGAAUCAUCUGACAAGGAGUCAAAGGAUGAUUCCAAGCAAGAGUCCGACAAGAAGGACGAUAAGAAGGACAAGUCUGAAGACAAGAAGGAGGACAAGUCCGAUGAGAAGAAGGACAAUAAAUCUAAGGGUAAGAAGGACAAGAAGGAAUAA